AUUUGAUCUAAUCUCCAAUUCCCAAUCCAAUUCCUCUUAGGGUUUCGAUUUCAACUCGAGAAUUUUAAUUUCUCCAAAUUCGUCAAGCUGGAUAGGCACCGAGGAGACCGCCACGGGAGUGGCGGUUACAACGAUUCACACCGUAACCACCGAGCUCCUCCUCGUCUCUCAGAUUCACCCUCCGUCACACGUUUCGACGAGGACGACGAAGCUUUCACCCGCCGUCGCCGCCGUGGAAACAGCCCUAGCAAUUAUCAAGUUGGAAUUGGAGGUGGCGAUCGACGCUGGGAAGAUGACAGCUCUACGGAUCGUAAUUUUCGUAGGGAAGGCUCUAGAGGAGGUUUUCGUCCGAUGAAUGGUCCUCCUGGUGGAGUAGAGUUUCAGCCGAUGGGUUUUGGAUUCGACGGAGGUUUUCCGCCGAUGAGUCGCGACGGAGGGGGAUAUCCCGACGUGUCCGUGAACUUUCCGCCGUCGGAGAAUCAAGACGGAGGGAGAUAUCCCGGCGUGUCCGUGAACUUUCCGCCGUCGGAGAAUCCAGACGGAGGGGGAUAUUCCGGCGGCAGGGGGUUUCAGGCAACGAUUGAGCCGGAUUACUCUGUGAGAUUGACUUCGCCGCCGAUCCAGCAGCCUCUUUCGGGUCAGAAAAGAGGCCGUACUCUCUCGGAGCAGAGUAGCUUUACAGGAACUGAUUUUUCUGAUCGGAGCAGUAUGGUGAAGCUUUUUGUUGGCUCGGUACCAAGGACAGCUACAGAAGAAGAAGUACGUCCAUUUUUCGAACAACAUGGAAAUGUUCUUGAGGUUGCGUUUAUCAAGGACAAGAGAACAGGACAGCAGCAAGGCUGUUGUUUUGUAAAAUAUGCAACUUCUGAAGAUGCAGAUAGAGCCAUUAGAGCAUUGCACAAUCAGAUCACUCUUCCUGGGGGAACUGGCCUUGUUCAAGUUCGAUAUGCUGAUGGGGAGAGAGAACGCAUAGGUGCGGUAGAGUUUAAGCUUUUUGUUGGUUCCCUAAACAAGCAAGCCACAGAAAAUGAAGUUGAGGAGAUCUUUUUGCAAUUUGGUCGCGUGGAGGAUGUCUAUCUCAUGCGUGAUGAAUAUAGACAGAGUCGUGGAUGCGGGUUUGUUAAAUAUUCAAGCAAAGAGACGGCUAUGGCAGCUAUCGAUGGUCUCAAUGGAACUUAUACCAUGAGAGGUUGCAAUCAGCCGUUGAUUGUUCGGUUUGCUGAUCCAAAGAGGCCUAAACCGGGCGAGUCAAGGGACGUGGCACAUCCUGUUGGACUUGGUUCAGGGCCUCGUUUUCAAGCUUCAGGACCAAGGCCUACAUCUAACCUUGGCGACCUUAGUGGGGAUGUAAGCCACACAAAUCCUUGGCUUCCUAUGAAUUCGCCAAACAUGGGGCCACCUGGUAACACUGGGAUCCGUGGUAUCGGAAGUGACUUGUCUCCUAGGCCAGGUCAAGCCACAUUACCUUCAAAUCAUGGAGGUCCAUUGGGUGGUUAUGUUGUUCCUCCCAUUAAUCCUCUACCAGUUUCAUCCUCUGCCACAUCGCAACAGCAAAACCGGGGAGCUGGCCAGCAUAUAUCACCAUUACAAAAACCUCUUCACAGUCCACAGGGUGUCCCACUUCGACCACAAACUAAUUUCCCUGGGUCCCAAGCAUCCUUGCAGAAUCCUUAUGGUUCUAGCAGCCAGUUGCCUACCUCUCAGCUGCGGCCACAGCAAAACGUCACUCCUGCAACAGCUCCUCAAGCUCCUUUGAACAUCAACCUACGGGCAACACAUGUGUCUUCUGCAACUGAUCAAUUGCGCCCUUGUGCUCAGCAGCCCCCGCCACAAAGGAUGCAACAUCCUCCUUCUGAACUAGUUCAGCUCUUGUCACAACAGACUCAGACUCUACAAGCAACCUUCCAAUCAUCUCAGCAAGCAUUUUCUCAACUGCAGCAGCAGGUUCAGUCCAUGCAGCAACCAAACCAAAAUAUACCAGGCUCACAGACUGCCCAUGGUAAACAGCAGUGGGCUGGAUCUGCAAUUCCGACAGUUGUGAGCACCACUGCUUCUACACCAAUUAGCUAUAUGCAAACAGAUGCAACUGCAGCAACUCAGAGUGUUAUUUCUGGCAAAUGUAACUGGACCGAGCAUACCUCGCCUGAUGGAUUUAAGUAUUAUUACAACGGUCAAACCGGUGAAAGCAAGUGGGAAAAACCUGAGGAAAUGGUAGUGUUCGAACGACAGCAACAGCAGCCAACUAUACAGCAGCCCCAGACCCAAUCACAGCAGGCUCUGUAUUCCCAGCCGAUGCAGCAACAACCACAACAGGUUCACCAGCAAUAUCAGGGCCAACAGUUACAACAGCCUAUUUAUUCUUCAGUGUAUCCAACUCCAGGGGUCAGCCAGAAUGCUCAGUAUCCGCCAUUGCGAGUUGGUCAAAAUAGCCAGUUUCCUAUGUCAGGAGCUGGUCAAAAUGCUCAGGAAUUUGGCCGGACACGUACACAAGUGGGGGCUGCUUCCAUCAAUGAUCCGUCACGAACUCAACAGAGCCGCUAAUUACCUCAUAAGAACUCUGGAUGUGGAAGAAUAAAGCUUCAGGCACAUGAAAGCCUUUCAGUAAGUAGACAUAGAAAGGUGCGGAACUAAUUAUUAGCCAAGCAGAGGAAAAGCAGCAGUGUUCUUGGUCUCUGAGUUUUAGUUUACCCCUUCAGGUAUGGGGUUCGAAUCCCAGAGAAGACGGAAUUAUGCGAAUUAGUGGAGAAAGGCUUACAAGAGAUCUGCAGCAUGGCACAAGGAGUACCGUCAAGCGUGGAUCUGAUAGGGCGGCUCAGGUGAUGCAGUUAGGAGUGCGUGAAUCCUCAUAAGAUAGGUAUAGAAUUGUCGGUUGUUGAAUCGUCUGUAACAUUUCUCGUAGUUUGUAAUGGCAUAAUUAUCCAGUGUU